UUUGUCGUUCGUGUAAUCAGCUUUUUUUUUAAAAAAAAGAAAAGUUUAUUCAUAUCAAUCUAAAAAUUCGUGGAUUAUACACGAACGCAAGAUUUAAUAUAUUGGGGAAUUUUCAUUAACAAGAUGGAUUAGAUAUUUAUGCAAACGAGAAAUAUUUCAUUUAAUCUCCCUCAACAUGGACAACAUUGUUGACCAAGAGGGUUUUAUCGAUAUAGCAAAACGUUCAAAACUAUCACCAACUAUCUGCGGAUGCUUAGAGAAGCACUGCAAAGACUUAAAAUGGAUACAGAAAUAUUACAUCUUGUACCAAAAUCUUCUGCUGGAGUUUGAAACAAGUCAAAGUGAAAAGCCAUCUAAAGUAAUCCCGCUGGAGAACUGCAUUUCACAAAGAAUGGUCCUUAGCAACAAAGAUGUCGAAAGCCAGAGAACAUUUUAUUUAUCUGAUCACAAAACGAUUCACCAAAUCUCAGGACCAAAUCAUAUGUAUCGAGCGAAGAAUGAAAUUGAUUGCAACAAUUGGAUUGAACUCAUUAACGACAGCAGUUAUUCACAACUAAAAUCAAAUAAAGAAGAGCUCGAAUAUCGCUAUCUCCACUUGCUUCGCACAAUCAACAGUGAACGUGCUUCAAAAUGGCAUCUUCAAGAGUUCACAGGAGAACAAAAAAGACAAUUGGAUUCACUACGAAGAGAGAUUCCAGUUAUGAUAGCAAAAAAAGUUGAGGAAGCUUUGAAAGAACAUGGACAAGCAGAAACGGAUGAGAUGAAAAAGAUUAAAAAGGUUCAAAGUUUUGUCCGUGGCGUCCUCUGUAGGCGAAGAUGGCAUGCUAUCGUCCAAGAUUACAUUCGUUCACCACACGCAGAAAGCAUGAAGGCCCGAAACAGGAUUGUUUUUCAACUAGUCCGUUCGGAAGAGGAAUACAUGGAAUGCUUAUCAAUUCUAGUGUCUGGAUUCUACAGACCUUGUAAAAUGGCAGCUAGUUCAAAACAUCAGUUGAUUACACAUGAAGAAGUAAACUCGAUAUUCCUCAAUAGCGAAACAUUAAUGUUUUUGCAUCAGAUCUUUCUGAAAGGUUUACAAACCAGAUUGGAAAGCUGGCCAAAGAUCAUCCUUGGAGACUUGUUUGAUAUGCUGCUACCGAUGUUGAGCAUUUACCAAGAGUAUGUUCGCAACCAUCACUACAGUUUGCAGACUCUCACGGAAUGCAAGCAGGUAGGAGCUUUCCACAAACUGUUACAAACACUGGAAGAAAAACCUGGAAGUAAUGGUAGAACGUUGGAGAAUUUCUUAACAUAUCCCAUGCAUAGGAUUCCAACAUACAUUGCAACGCUGCAAAAAUUAUUGUCUUUGACACCUUUUGAUCACGUGGAAAGGAAAUCAUUGGAGCAGUCCCAAAGUGUUCUUGAAGAACUUUCGACAGUGAUGCAUGAUGAAGUUAGUGAAACAGAAAACAUUCGAAAAAAUCUGGCUAUCGAACGUUUGUUUACAGAUGGUUGCGAAUUUUUGUUAGAUUCGAACGAAGUCUUUAUUCGGCAAGGAGUACUGCUUCAGUUGAGCGUUGGUGAUGCACACAAAUUAACAAGAAAAAAAUCAGCUGAUAGAAGAGAGUGCAUUCAACAGUGUUUUCUUUUCUCACGUUUUCUUCUGAUCACUUCACGCAUAUCCGGUGGAAAGUUGCAGACCAUACCGAAAGGUAAAAUAAAUCUUGCAAACACAACUUUAAUCGAAGAUAUCGUCGAUGAAGAUAUUGAUCUUGUCAGUGUACCAUCAUCCGACUGCAGUAACCUAGCAUUCAAACUGGUCAUAACUGAAGAGUGGUCAAAUCAUAAAAUUAUAUUGAUGGCUGUAACAAAAGACGAGAAAGCAUCAUGGACAAGCGACAUUAGUCAGUGUAUUGAAAACUUGAAGAACCCCUGCGAAGAAGAGCCAGUAUCAUUUCAAUCUCGUAGAAGUCUGCUAAGUAUCAGGUCUGAUUCACGUCUGUUUAACGAUGACAAAGACAUUAAGUACAGCAAGGCUUUAGAUUCGACUCGUUUACCUCGGAUUCGACACGCGACAGUACAAAGGCUUCUGGAACGUUUACUAGAUGUGCGUUUCAUGACGAUUGAGUUCUUCAACACGUUUUUAACGACACAUACAAUUUUCACAACAUCACAGAUUGUGUUGGAAACUAUCAUUGAAUUUUAUAAUGCAAGAAAGACAAUCUCCGAGCCUCAAAUCAAUGAAAAAUGCGACUGCAAGAAAGAUCAAGACAAAUGGGGAAGCUCUCCGGAUAUUAACUACGCCUGUAAAGAUAAGCCUUGCACCAAUUUAAGCGUUCCUGGUUACACCUCCAACAAAAAUGCAAGUCCUAUUUACUCUAAUUCAAACUUGCAGCUGCCCGAAUUCAUCCCGAAUAGACGUCAUUCAUCUCCACCAGAUCUUGCUGUAGGUGUUUCAGUGUUCAAUCUGUUGGAGCAACAUAAUUCACAUUCAAGCAUUUCUAGUGAGACAGAGGCUAAAUCACACAUUAGGCUCUGCGGAGGCACGUCUCCAACUGUAAAUAGCUUUUUUUAUUUUCCUGAUAAUAAGAAUGAUGUAAUCGAUGAAAAGCUAAGGCUCACUACAGAUCCAAAGAAAUCGCCCACCCAUCCAUUUUUCUUGAAGUCACCGCCAAAAAGUCGAAAAGAGAUGAAAGAAAACAGGGAGAAAGUAAAACCCAGAGUAGGGAGAAAAUUGUCGGAGGAAUUUAUUAGUAAGAAAACGUUGAAACAUCUGCACAGGGCAUCAUUACCAAAUACGCAAAUUUUUAAAUUCGAUCUAGAUCGAAGAAUUACUUCCCCUAAAGCGCGUCGAAAGGAAGCUAACAACGGUAAAAGCAGAGAUUAUGAACUAACAGCAAAACAUAAACUUUUAAAUGAGAAUCACGACAUCUUUUUCUAUGGUCGAGAAGAAUUUCCAAAAAGCCCCAAAAGUCCUCUAAAAACUCCACCCACUCCUGGUGUGGUCAUCACGUCAUCUAGAGCAUCGCAAAGAAGAAGUAGUAUGACACAUGCUGCUGUUGCAUUCGCCGCAGCGACCGCUGGGGCCACUUCGUCCACAGCUGUGUCACCAAACGCACUUAAUCGUUCAAAAUUUAAUUUCAAAUUCAGCAGUGAUGACGACGGUGGGAAUAUUGUCACUAAAAGAGCUUUGAAAAUUUUAAAGCAUUGGAUUUCCAAGCAACCUGAGACGUUCAAAUUGGAUCAAACUCUAAAAGAGGAUGUUGAGAAAUUUCUUAACCAAAUUCUACAGGCAGAUGAUACAACACCUCUGGACAGUAAGCUAGCUAACACUAUUUUAAGGUCUUUAUUGCAAGAAGAUAGUCCUACAGCAGACAUUCUAACUGUUUCUGAGCAGGAUUUGAAUGAUAUAUCCUGCGUCAGUGAGCAGUUUUCAAUAGUCCAGCUUGCAGAACAAAUGACUUUGAUCGAUCACACACUCAUGGCGCGGGUUCCAACCAGGGAAUUCUUAUCAACUGCAUGGAUGGGAGAGGAAAAAGAAAAAAAUGCGCCCAACUUGUUAAAAGCAAUUGAACGAUUCAAUCUGACUAGCCGGUUGAUUGCAUCAGAAAUCGUUUCAAAAUCCACAAGUGCUGGUAGAGCAAAUGUUAUUGAAAAGUGGGCCAUGGUUGCUGACGCGUGUCGCUGUUUGCAUAACUUUAAUGCCGUAUUGACCAUCAUGACGGCCUUUACGUCAUCUGCUAUAUUUAGGUUGAAGAAAACAUGGGAAAAAGUGUCCAAACAGAUUCAAACGCUAAUUGAAAAGUUGAAGAACAUGGUAUCUGCUGAGGGAAGGUUUCGAAACAUGAGAGAGGUCUUAAAAUGCUGUGAUCCGCCCUGUGUUCCAUACUUAGGAUUUUAUCUGACAGAUUUAGCUUUUAUUGAAGAAAGUACGUCCAUGGUUAAAGACACAGGCUUGGUUAAUUUCUCUAAGAUGAAAAUGGUUUCUAAUAUUGUGCAUGAGAUUCGAUUUUACCAGACGACGUCAUACAGAAUCACGAAAAAACAACAGAUAUUCAACUAUUUACUCCAAACAGCGGACAAACUAAGGAGUGAUGAAGAUAUUUACCAAGAAUCUUUGAUAUUAGAGCAGAAACGUGCAGCUACGUCUGGUUCAAGGAUCAAAUUUUCAUUCCCUUUCGGCCACAACUAACAUAUACAAAGAUCGGAUGCUUGGUGUAAAGUUAACUUAGAUGGGAACAGUAAUGAGAAUAUUGAUGACAAUGUUAAUGACGAAACUUACUGAAAAGGAAAAAAUGACUACUAGAUUAUAUGAACAAUCACAUUUGUAUCGAUUCCUAAUGUAUUUAAUUUAAGGAUGUGAUACAGGUAGUUAAUUUUUUUUUCUGGUUGUAUGGGCUUAGCAAUGCUUAUUUUUUAAACUUAAAAAUAUUAAAUAUUUAAUUUUAUGGAA